GGAAACGUCUCUCAGGUGCAUUUUGACAAACAGCAAGGUGUUGGAUUGAGAGCUGGUUUUGACAGCUGGUCACAACAGGAGGAAGAUAUUUUUAAUUAGGAAGCAUUCCUCAGUGUCCAUCCAACUGUUGUACCUCUUCGGGGGAAUAAAAUGGAGCGUCCUCUGCGCCUGUCAUCGCUGAGGCUCCUGGUUCCACCUUUGCGGGUUAUGUCGGCCGUGAUGUGGAAGGUCGUCCGCCAGAGAAACGUGAAGCAUUACGAAAAAGUGGAGAAGUUUGUGUGUUUAGUAGCUGAAGCCAUUCCUGACAUCUUGACAAACAGGCAGAUGAGACUGCUGUCACUGGGCUUAAGAGCAAAGAUGACGUUACAGAUGUUGAGUUAUGAACGGUCGGAGGCUCUACAAGGUGUUAAAACACACCUGGACAGCCUGCUGCAGACUAGCUCAAAACAGGUUCAUCCAACAAAUGACGAUCUUGAAGCCAACUUUGUCAGGCUCGUUCAAAGACUUCUGGAAGACUCAAAAGAGAGAGAACACUUCCUCAAGAAUGUGUUUCCUGUGGAGUACGGGCCAGACUUUGAUACAGCACUGGAAACACUGGUUUGUGAGUUCUUCACCAAACUGGAAGAGCUGCUGCUUAUCCCAGACUUUAAGCAGGCUGCAGUGUGGAUCAGUGAUACGCCUUCUGUGCUAGAAGAGUGCAUACAGUGUGCAACCAAAGCAGAUGACCUGGAAGUAUUGCUCAGACACAGGGUGUGUCAUGGAAAAAUGAGCAAAAUGGAUUCCAGUGCACCAUCUCCCUCAGAGCAGCGACUUUUCUCAUCUUUGUCCCUCCUUUCCUCACUGACUGAGACCGGUGCCAAAGAAGUCCCAUCUAACACACAAACGUCUGACGACCAAAGAGAAUUGGUGAUGCCUGCUGCUCUCCGACAUGGUGGAGAUUCCGACGUACAGGAUACAAGAUGGCCAUCUGAGGAGUCAGACAUCCUCAACAGCAGCGACGGAGAACAGAAAACAGAAGGAAAACACACCGACUGUAUUCCUGAUGUUCACGUUGUGGAGGAGUACGAUGAAGGAAGUACAGCCACCUCCCAAACACCUUCUACAUCUGGGGAGAGUCCUGUAACUCCCAGUGCUAUGACUGGACCCCCUCGGCAGAGAGUCGCACAUAAAUGCAGUCAGUGUGGGAAGUGCUACAUUUACCGUUACGAACUCCUGGAGCAUCAGCGGCUGCACACCGGAGAAAACCCUUACAAGUGCUCUCAGUGUGGGAAAGCCUUCAGAAGGACCUCCGAUCUGUCGUCCCACAGGCGGACACAGUGCACAAAAGCCGCUUACAUUUGCAUCAAAUGUGGGAAAAGCUUUCAGUGUAUGCAGGACAAAUUUAGACACCAGUGUGUUCAGAUUGUCCAAAAGUUUGACUGUUCUCAGUGCGGAAAAAGCUUCAAAAAGAUGUACCUGCUGGGGAAGCAUGAACAGACCCACAGCCAGAUCCGUGUUUUCACAUGCAGACAGUGUGGGGAGGUUUACCCCAGUAUGAGUGAGCUCAGGACCCAUCAGAAGAUUCAUCCUCUGGAGCUGUCCAACCAAUGCAAGCAGUGCGGGAAGUUUUUCGCCACCGUGGGAUCGUUGACGGCUCACGAGCUUCGCCACAGGCAGCAGAAAACGCAGAUUUGCGUACGCUGCAGCAAAGCUUUCAAGAACAAACACGACCUGAACCUUCACAUGCGCAGCCACACGGGCGAGAGGCCGUUUCAGUGCACGUACUGCGGGAAACGUUUCUCCGUGUCAGGGAAUCUGAACAUACACAUAAGAACUCAUACGGGAGAGAAACCAUAUUUGUGCUCCGACUGCGGGAAAGCGUUCAUCUCAGCUGGCGAGCUGCAGAUACAUCGAAGGACCCACACGGGGGAGAAACCAUACAAAUGCUCCGUGUGUGGGAGGGGAUUCACCAUGGCAAGCAAACUGACACUACACAUGCGUGUUCACACCGGGGAACGACCUUACGUGUGCCCUGAGUGUGGGAAAGGCUUUUCACGGGGCAGUGAACUGAAAAAACACACCAUGACCCACACGGGGGUUCGACCCUACGCCUGUCAGCUGUGUGCAAAGGCUUACACCUGCCUCAACCACCUGAAGAGACAUUUAAAAACUCACAGUGUGGUCCAAACCGAGACUCUCUGAUUCCAUAGUGUACCAUAAGACAUUUUUGACAUCAAUAUUGUAUUUGUACUGACUGUGGUUUGUGUAAUCAGUUUCACACUCACCCUCUCUUGUAAGGACAAUGUUGCAGGAAUUCUAGUUUUACUGACACAUUUGUUUUCCUAAGGGGGGGAUGUACUAUGAUGUAAAACGAAGGUGGCUCUCUCUAUACCCGCUAGAUGAUGCUGCACAGCUAACCUGCUCCAGAGAAGUUCUACUCAGAGUUUGGGAUUCAAAUUUGCUGUGAAUUGCCGCUCUUUCACCAGGUCUUUUCCAGAUCAUAUUCUCUUUUAGUGAGAUAGAUUCUCUUAUAUCUGCAAACCCAAUAAGCUGAUGUUAGAAACGCCAACCUCUUCCUCUUGACUCAAGCAGAUCAGUAAUUUUUUAUGUAAACAAAGUUAAAUAAUGUAUCAGACACCCGUGUUAUUGGAGCGUGCGCAGCCUGGUGAAGAAAGCUUGGGCUAAUGAAAAAAGUUUAUAACCAUCAUUUUGAUAUCUAUUAUCUCUAUUUUGGAUUUUAGGUUAUGUCAAGCCAGCUAGGGCAAAGAAAACCUGGCGAUCUGAAUCUUUGCUUUGUGGUGCACCCCUCUGCUUUCUCUUUGUUUUCAUUGUAAACUGAAAUUCAAGUGUAUAUUUUGGACAUGACAUCUGAGUGGGAUAUAUUUGUAUUCUAAGAAAUGUAUGUUACAAUGAUUAAGUAUUUUUGCUGUCAGUUAACAUUAUUUAUCAGUGUCAGUGUUCAGUAUUGUCAACAUUGAAAAACAUCCCAUCAAAAUUAAA